UUACUGUGGCUGCUGCUGCUGUGGCGGUUGCACCUGUGGCUGCUGCUGUUGUACCUGGCCGUCGAAGACGAAUGGCGCCACUACCUCCAGCACCACACGAGCCACCCAAGUGGUCAGCGGGAAGCGGUCCUUGAAGGGCGCAUACUCACUCACACCUGGCGCAGCUGUCUCGGUCGUCCAAACAGUAGCGAACACUGCAGACAACCAGAAAGAAACACUGAUGACAUUUGACGAGCAGAUCUGCCUGUCUGUCAUUCUGACCGGUGUUGUUGCCCGUAUCCGCAAUGGAAAUCCACGCGACGAAGGGGUGGCUGUUGUCGGUGAGCACCAGCUCUCGCACAUCACCACCGUGGAGGCUGAGUGUGGUGGUGCAUUCGGCCACUGGUGCGUGGGGCGACUGAGUGAGGGGGCCAUCCAGACGGCCGCCGCCAACAUACCUGAACCAACCACACACAUACACACACAAUCAUACACGCACCCCUUUCGCCCACUGGUUUCAUUGUGUUACCUGUUGAGGAAUAUCCCUGUGUCAUCUAUCUGGUGAGUCUGCUUGAAGUGGUCGAGGAUCUUGUCCUUGACCAGCGACGACACCGACGCAUUGAUGGAUGCGCAAGAGUGCGACAACCACAUGCCGUCGUUGUAGUAGUAGAUGCGGUCCCUCACUGGAGGGUCAUGCUCUAGUCGGUGCUGCUGAUACAGAUGGUCGGCAGCGGGGGGCGGGUCGACGGUCAGCCGGAAGCCGGGCUCGUCCUUGAUGGCCCGCACCUCGUUGCCAUGGCGGUAGAACUGCAGGCAGCUGCCGUCGCCGAAGUGCACGUGGCGGCCCACCACCAUGAGCUGCGCCAACACACGAGCUAUGAAACUAUACGCCUUCACGCCACCACACACACACACACAAACAGACAGAGAGGGAAGAAUGAAAAAGGUCUGUCUGUUCUCCCCCGCCCCUGUGUGUGUGCCCUACCGUCUUAUCGGCGUGUAUGUUGAUGUCAUCGGCAGUGAUGUUGACCGGCAGAGUGCAGUAGCGGCACUUGCUGGCCAACUGUAGCACCUCUGCGACCUCAUCAGACUUCUGCUGCUCCACCAUCCACAUGGCCGCCAGCAGCAGCCGCGCCCCGGUCACCGUCUGUGUGUCGAACGUAAUCACAGCAUCCAGGCGCGUGCCGUCGGCGAGGGGAAUGCGAUGCAGCGACCGGUUGAGGCGGCCGCGGAGGGUCUGGGCAGGGAAGUCGACAUUGCCGAUGAAGAGCGCUGUGCUUCUGAGCCUGCCGAUAUCUUUGGUGUCGUCGUACAGGUCAUCUCGGCCGUCGCGGUGGACCAUGUCGAGGACUUGGCCGUUGAUGGCCGGGGGGGCCACAUCGCUGCUUCUGCUCGACGAAACGGUGCCGCCCAU